CCCUCCCCUCCCGAAGUGCCCGGAUGUUGAGCAUUCCGGCCGCCAUCUUCCCGCCUGGACCCAAGUUGCGAGGCAGCAGCAGCAGCAGCUGAAGAAGAGCAGAGCCUUUUCCAUUGAGCGCCUCCAGCCCCUCCAAGAUGUCGGCUCCUGCUGCUGCCGCACCCCCUGCUGCCGGAGGAGAGGGGGGUGGCCCUCCUCCUCCACCCCCCAACCUCACCAGCAACAGAAGGCUCCAGCAAACACAGGCGCAAGUGGAUGAGGUAGUGGACAUCAUGCGAGUCAAUGUGGACAAGGUGCUCGAAAGGGAUCAGAAGCUCUCAGAACUGGAUGACCGUGCUGAUGCCCUGCAGGCUGGAGCAUCCCAGUUUGAAACCAGUGCAGCCAAGCUGAAACGCAAAUACUGGUGGAAGAACCUAAAGAUGAUGAUAAUUCUGGGGGUGAUAUGCGCCAUUGUCUUGAUCGUUAUCAUUGUUUACUUCAGCACCUAGUGAAAUACAUGGAGCCAUUUCCAUCCAAGAGCAGCGGCCGGGAGAGGCACGAGGGGCGAAGCAUUCCCCCCUCCUCUAGAUCUCAGCCAUAUCUUCCAGCCCCUCCUCAUCCCCUCCAUGCAUCCCUUACACCCCCUGCCCAGUUCUCCCUUCCCCCGUGUGUGUGCGUGCGUGUGCAUUGCGUGUGGGUGUCCUGUAAAUAGCCUGAUUUGUUAUUUAUACAUAUAUAUAUAUAUAUAAUAUAAUAUAAUAUAUUUUGUCUGUAGAUUUAUUACUAGACUUUCCAUGUGUCAUGGAAUCUCACCUGUUCUCUCUUCUGUCAACCCCUAAUGUCUGACAGUGUUCCCCCCAUGUCUUGAUUUCUAACUGAAAUCUUUGAGGACCAAUAAUUCCCUGUGACCUCAAGUUCCUUUUCCUCUUCUCCCCAUUAGGUGGGUUCUUAAAACACUCCCUACCCCUCCUUUGCCCCCAAAUUGUCAACUGGAUGCUAAUGGUGAAUAGUGGCCUGUCUUGAAUUGUAGACCCCUUCCGCCCAUCCCCUGCUCUUCCAAAAUUUUAAGACACCUACUCGGAAGCACCUAAUCCUUGCUGCCUGUGACUUUUGACUGGGCUGUAGGGUUGGGUGUUAUGAAUGUCUUUGCCCACCCUUCCUUAAUUUCAACCCCUUCCUCUUUCAGUGUAAGGAAAGAGGGGGGAGUCAGCACCCUUUGUGAUCUUCUGUAACAUUCCUGGAGUUGUGCUGUGUCUACUUGAAAGUCACCUUACAACCCCUUCAGAUACUGUGGGGAGGGAAAGCCAGCCUAUGAAGUUACUGCAACAGCCGUCUCCUCUCCUCGCCUCCCCCUCUGAACAAGGCAGAGGCAACUGAUUUUCUUGCCAUAAGUACAAUUCUACAAUGAAACUGCCUCUUUUUUUAAAAACAAAAUACGCAACAAGGUAAUAAAUAAUAUGUACAUUCCACACCUCUUCUGUAAUGGAGGCAAUGUUUUUAAGAGCGGGAGAGGAGGGGCAGUUGCUCCCACUUCCCAGAAUAACUUUCCUAUUAAACUUUUCCUUGCAAUCACUGCCUAUCUAUAGGGAAUUGGAGUGUAUGUGUGUGAAUGCAUGCUGGAGGGCUAGAAAGGGGGAAUCAAGGCUUUGGUUCCUUUCAGAAGUGAUGGGGGGGAGUUACAUUGUUAACUUCUCCAGAUCUGAUGUCAUAUUAUUUAUUUUUAUUAUUUAUUAACCUUUAUUUAUAAAGCGCUGUAAGUUUACACAGCGCUGUACAUAAAUUUUUUUUUUAGUCAGACGGUUCCCUGCCCUCAGGCUUACAAUCUAAAAGACACGACACAAAAGGAGAAGGGAGUAAUAUAAUACAGGAAUAGGGUGAUCGGGGUUAAUUUUUGGGGGGCAGGGAGCCUUACAGUUAAAUCCACAGGGCUAGAAAAGGUGCGCUCCUCCCCUGGCCCUGGGGAUUACAUUUAGAUGAAUGUGUUAUAUCCUCGUCUCUCCCUCUGUACCCUGUAGUAACAUAAUGAUUUUUGUGUCUGCUCUCUCUAUUUGUGGAUGAAACUGCAGGCAAAGUGGGGUUAGGAGAUGUUACGUGUGUGGACUUGAGUAAGAGGGGGGAGACUUGUGUAAUUUUGUUUCGAGAACAGCCCUCCUUCCUCUGUAGCCCCACUUUUCUAUCCUUGCCCCAAACCAGCUGGUUCAACUUUGCAAACGUAGUACUUGUGAUAUUGUGCCGAGUGAGACCCUCCGACUCCUUUGUGUAGCACAGACUGCCAUCUUUUGUGGCCUGUUUAUAACGUCAGCGACUUGUGACUUUUAAAACAUUUUUUGGUACAUCUCUCCCCCACCCCAUCCCCUCGUCCCUUCUUUCCCAUCCCGUCUCUUUCGCCUUUCUCUCCCAAAGAGGGGAGGAAUGGUUCUCCUUGUCAGCGCUCUCUCUCUCUCUGUACCGAUUGCUCUCUUGAAAGGCCAAGGAAUUCCAAGAAGAGCCCCAGGAGAGGUGCGACCUUAAAUGUUGUGGCAUCGAGGCAAAAGAAGACUUGGAGGACAGCCUUGCCAGUCUGGAGGGAAGACUGUGCAUUGGGCGUCUUGCUGGUAGUGAUUAGAACAUGUGGUGGGACAAGGAGUGUUGCAUUUGUGGGGGGUGGGAAGGGGCUGGAAUAAGGAUGAAGGCAGAAGCCUGAGGCCGUCCUCACUCCCAACAAGGAGGGACAAGGGAGCUGGGCAGUUUGGUGGCUGAUGCCUUCCCCUAUUCCAUCUCCUUGCCAAGGAUGGGGUUGGUGGGGACUGCAUUCUUGGAUGGGAGCCUGGAGUGUGAACUGCUGGGGAAGAGGUUUGAGGUGGGGCUGCCUUCAGGGGGGAGGGUGGUGGCGGUGGUGAUGCUUGAGGUGGCUCACGGAGCUGCUGUGAUAGUGGUAGUGGAGGUCCCUGACACAUCGUCUUCCAUAUACACUAUUGUGUGGAGAAAGGUGUGCGUUGAGGAUGGGGGAAAGGAAAAGGGGCUGCAGUUCUCUAGCUGGACAGCAGGUGUCACUGCUGCUGUCCAGCUUCUUUGGACCCAGUCUCUCCCUCCCACUUCCUCACUUAAGUCAAAGAAUGAGGGCUUUUGAAGGGGAGAAAGAGAGCCCCAAAAGAUGGGCCUUUGGCCCCAAUCUCUGAAAGAAGGCCUGGUGGAUCAGGGGCAUUCAGAUGGCUCCUUAAUGUCUGCUGCCCAGUCCUCCUCCUCUCCCCUCCCCUCUUCCUCAGCAGGCCUGGGUUUUGCUGGAAGGGGUGGGACCCCAUACUGACAGAAUUGGGAGAGACCAUGCUGUGAAAACCAAACAUAUGUAUUGAAAUUUGGAAGUCAAAAAACAAAGUACAAUAAAUGAAUGUUCUGUGGAGAACGCCCAA